UUACUUCCGCCGGCGUAGUCCCGGGAUCAGGAGAGGUUGCACGUGGGUCGUCCUGUAUGGAGUUCGUCAACGUUGUAAAGAGCCCGGGUGACUUUGGGACGAACCUUAGAGGGGGACAAUGUGGGUCCCAUGGGCGGGGCUUCCACCACGGCUAACGCUCUCAGCCUUGACCGUCCCUGGGCGCUUUUGCACUUUGAGGUUCGGAGCGGCAAGGAGGAAGGAUGUUCCGGCGGGGCACCGCCGUGCCUUGUCUGAUUUCCAACCGAAGCUGGUGCCCCGUGUGGGUUUCGGGAAGUCGUCGCGUGUGUACAAGCACAACUCAGAACCCAAGCGGUACAUAACUAAUCCAAGAGUGGCUGAGAACUUGGUGCGGAUCCUGCGAAGAAAACGAAAAUCUGGCCAGCUCUUCCUGGAGUGCAAUCCGGGUCCUGGAUUCCUGACACGAGCAUUACUUGAAAGUGGUGCCAGAGUGAUUGCCUGUGAAAGUGACAAAGCUUUUAUUCCACAAUUGGAGGAUCUAGGACAGAAGCUGGGUGGAAAACUAAAAGUGGUCUACUGUGACUUCUUUAAACUGGAUCCUAGAGGUCAUGGAGCCCUAACACCUCCGAUCAUGACUGCAGAGACACUUUUUCGGAAUUUGGGAAUAGGACCAAAUCCUUGGUCAAAAGGUGCCUCUUUUAAAGUAGUUGGCGUCCUACCAACUAGAAAUGAGAGAAAUACACUUUGGAAGCUCUUACAUGAUCUGUAUUCUUGUACUUCUAUAUAUGAAUAUGGACGGGUAGAAGUAAACUUGUUUGUUACCGAAAAAGAAUGCCGGAAAAUAAUGGCAAAUCCUCAAAAUCCAAACUUAUAUCAAGCACUAAGUGUACUCUGUCAGUUAGCUUGUGGGAUUAAGGUCCUGCAUACGGAGCCUUGCUCAUCAUUCAAAACAUUUAUCCAAAAUGGGCAGCUGGAAAAGAAGCAGCAUAGGGAAUCAGAACAAAACCUGUGUUUUAUUCAAUUGAGUCCUCAUAGAAAUUUAUUUGCAAGAACCUUAACACCUUUUAACUAUGAUGUGUUUUUUCACAUGGUAAGGCAGUGUUUUAUGAAACGCAAUGCCAUGCUAAUAGACCAAUUACGUUCAUUGAGUCCAAUUGAUGCAUUGCAUAUAAUGAACCAAAUGAGAAAAAAACACAGUAUGAAAAUAGUAGAUAUGUACCCUGAAGACUUUCAGCGUCUCUUUGAAAUUAUAGAAUGUUCCAAAGAUGGUGCCUGUAGGUGGCUAUAUGAUGACUUCAUGGAAGAUACACUCACAUAGGAAGUGGACUGCUAAGCCAUUUACUGGAGCUUUUUGUUUAUUUGGAAAUUAUGACACAAAUGAAAAAGAACCGAGCUGGAAAAGCUCACAGCCUUUCAACAAAAGAUAACUUCUUGUUUUGCGCAACUGAGCAGAUAAUUUCUUCUGCAGUUGAUACCAUUAGUGUAUUGGAUGAAACAAUAGCUGCUGUUUUAUUUAAACUGAAUAAAAUGAAGAUUUCAGUUCAUUGUGGAUUUGAUCAAAUUAGAUUUGUCUUGGAGCUCCCAACAUGGCUCAAUGGAAACGAAUCUGACUAGCAUCCAUGAGGAUGUAGGUUUGAUCCCUGGACUUGCUCAGUAGGUUAAGGAUCUAGUGUUGCCAUGAACUGUGAUGUAGGUCACAGAUGAGGCUUGGAUUUGGCAUCACUGUGGCUGUGGUGUAUGCCGGCGGCUGUAGCUCCAACUCAACUCCUAGCCUGGCAAUCUCCCUGUGCCAUGUGUGUGGCCCUAAAAAGACAAAAAAAGAUUUGUCCUAAAUUCCUAUCUGUUAUAAGCAUACUGGUAGUUGUAGGGUAUUACGGGAUGAAAUUUAGUUUUAGAAAUUCUUUUGGCUAAAUACUGUACAUUGUAUUAAUUUAAAUACUCUAUUUUCACUGUAAAUUUUUAUAUCCUCCCAGGGUGGGCUGGGGGUCAGAAGAGUUUGUACAUGUUAAACUUAGGAAGUAAACUGAUUUAAGAGGUUUGUUUUACUUUUCAGUGUGUUGAGAUGUAUUAUCAAGUAUUGUACAAUUAAAUUAUUUAAAUUUUAA